AUAAAUAUGAAAUUUCAUACAUCAUAUCCUGUUUAAUGUAAUGGCGACCAUAUUCUAGAAUUACUGGGGGAACAAAUCAAUGGAGAUGAAUACAUACACAAAUUUUGGCCUAUUAGUUAUUGUGAUUUCGCUAGCUUUUGUUCAAGGGCAGCACUUCCAGCGGUUCUGUGUGUACAAUGGUUUUGCGAUAGCACGUGACGGAGAACAUGGUUUACAACCAGAGGAUAUUGACCCCUUCAUGUGUACGCACAUCAUCUUCUCGUUUGCCGAAAUUGACGAAUCGGGAACUAGGCUUAAGGACCCGGAUCACUUUGAAGCAAAUUAUUUAUACCAAAGGAUAAUUCGUCUUAGAAAACUGAAUCAUCGGUUAAACAUGAUUUUGUCCGUCGGCGGUUGGGACAAGGGAGGAGAAGGUUUCUCUAGACUGGUGUCAUCUCGAGAAAACAUGCUGAAAUUUACCAAGUGGGUUAUUAUAUAUCUUCGACGUUUCGACUUCGAUGGACUUGAUUUCGAUUGGCAAUUCCCAGCAUUGCGAGAAAGCAAUCUUCAAGACAAGAAAAGAUUUGCAGAUUUAUGCGACGUGAUUGCCCUUGAAUUUGACAUUGAAGAAAUCCCAGAUAUCAAGUGGAAAUUGACCUUUACGCUUACCUUUCACCCUAUAUUACCAGUGAUGAAUUUCGGUUACGAUAUACCACGUCUUUCAAGUAAGGCCCAUUAUAUCAAUUUAAAAAUGUAUGAUUUCUAUGGUCAAUGGGAUGAUCCAAUGCUGGCAAGACAUCAUAGUGCACUGAAUGGAUUCAAAGGUUUCAAUAAUAUUCACGAUUUGGUGGAGUUAUGGGAACAAAAAGGAGUUCCUGGCCACAAGAUGGUUCUUGGAAUUCCAUUUUAUGGGAGAUCCUAUCGUCUUGAGAAUUCUGCCAUGUCAAUGCCAGGAUCACCUGCUAUUGGACCAGGAUCGGACAAAGGAGACGGAAUACCAAUUAAACACCUCUGUCACCUCAUACGAAGUGGGUUAAAUGAAAGCUUCAUUCCUUCGCAAGGCGUGCCUUACCUUGUCCAAGGUGAUGAGUGGAUUGGAUACGAUAAUCAAAGAAGCGUCAUGAAUAAGGCAACUUAUGUGUUCAAUAAACCUUUGGCUGGAGUUAUGCUUUACUCCUUGGACAUGGAUGAUCAUUCAGGAGCUUGUGGAGGUGGAAAAUUCCCACUGACAAUGUCUGUCAUUAAUGGACUUCAAGCCUACAUGUUAUACAUGCAACGUAAGCACAUGGCUAUUGGAGAGAUCUAUCGAACCAAGAUUAACAGCGCUCGUGUAUCUAGAAGAGCUUAUUUCAUGGCCGGAAAACACAAUAUGGUGGAAAAAGAAGAUGCCAGAAUCGCCGCCUUGCAGAAGGAACAAGACAUUGCUAUGGGAAAGAUCACUGUGGACGUACAACAGGCACAAGCCAUGAUGAACAAACCAUUUGAACUUCCCCCCGUCAAUCAGCCAUCAUUUACAUGGUAGACGGCGAAUAAUUAUCAACCAUUUACGUUAAAGUCAAUGUUAAACGACUGUUUAUCAUAUGAACAUUUCACAAACAUAAUUUAUGAAUAUAAUGAAUUUUUCAUUAUUCAAUACUGUUGUUUGUUCCACGAACAAUCACGUGUUUCCAACGCCUAAUUUUCUGAAUGAUCGAGUUUGAAUGAUCGAAAUACAUGUAUAUGUACUAAUUUAAUUGUGAUAAAGGUGUAUCUUUAAUCAGAUAUCUUAAGUACAGAACGAUUUUGAAAUGAUACUUUUCGUGAAGAAUAAAUACAAUAAAAUGUUUACAGACUCA